AAUUUUUCAAAAAAAAAAAAUCGAUUUUCAUGUCACGAAUUGACCAUCGACCUGGCAAUGUCUGCAGCAGCACUCCAAUGUCAAAUAAUACAUUCUGGUGUCGAACAAAGGACCAUUUUAUAAAUAUAGCUAGCCGAAUCGGGACCUGCAAAAUGGAAUGUUCCACUCGAUUGAACAAGUGUGGCACCUGGUUUUGUUCUCGCACUAAUAAUAACAAUAACAACAACAAUAUGACAUUCAACAGUGGAAACAACGAGCUAAAUGGAGCGAAACCCAUUCCGUUUACGAGUGAAAUAGUUCAGGGGCCCGGCCCCAGUCCGGGUAGUUCGGGUUCGUGUGAUGAUAGCGAGCCACCAGCAAAGAAUUGCUAUCGACUUGUAAUGUUGGGAUCCGCUCGAGUUGGUAAAACAUCUUUAGUUUCACGAUUUCUUGGUGGCAAAUUUGAGGAAUCCUACACACCGACCAUUGAAGAUUUUCACAGGAAAUUAUAUCGGAUACGAAGUGAGGUUCAUCAGUUGGAUAUUCUUGACACUUCGGGUAACCAUCCAUUUCCGGCAAUGAGAAGACUAUCAUUUCUUACCGGCGAUAUCUUUGUUCUCGUAUUCAGUAUGGACUCAAGAGAAUCCUUUGAAGAGGUCGUCCGGUUGCGAGAACAAAUACUCGAGACCAAAUGGAGUGCACAGUCUGGCGGACGAUCGAAAAAGAACCUCCCCAAAGUACCAAUGGUUAUAGCUGGUAACAAAUGUGAACGAGAUAUGAAAACCGUUCAGACUGAAGAAGUAAUGGCUUAUUGUGCGGGUCAGGAUGCUUGUUGUGUAUUUGUCGAGUGUUCAGCCAAAAAGAACAUACGGGUCGAUGAUAUGUUUUACGAAUUAUUUCUGGCGGCAAAUCUACCACUGGAAAUGGCUCCCAACCAUCAUAAACGUGUGAGUACAGCCUUUGGAUCACCAUGCACCCUGCCACCACCACACACCGCCUCGAAUCGAUCCAAAAAGUGCACUCUGUCAAUUAAACGACGGCUGAGUGAUGCUUGUGGCGUAGUGGCGCCCAACGUGAGGCGUCCCAGCAUUCGUACAGAUUUGAUGAUAAUGCGCAGCAAGACAUGCUCUUUGGGUGAGGGUGUGGGAUCAGAUGCAGCCGGUUUCAUGGGCAGAAAUACGACUGGUUGUGUAUUGCAAUAAUUUGGAUAUAUAAAUUCGACUAAGAGAAACAAAAAAUUGUACUAGAUUUAAAAUGUAAAUUUUUUUAAUUGCGCUUUAAAAGAGUGUAGGUUAGAAAAGAAAAAAAUCCUUAAAGGAAGUUCUUUUCUUCUAAAAAAAAAAAGUUGAUCUAAUAAUUUACUACUAUUUUAAGCUUCAUUCUCAUUCUUAUUUUGCUUUUAAAAUACGUUUGUUUGACGUAAGUUGAAUAUUCGCCAGAUUGUACGGUCAGUCAUUUCCGGUUUGUGUAUUACCAUAACUAACUCUCUCCAUCUUUUAUAGUUCAUUUGCAUACGUUCAAGCUUAGUGUAACAUCUUUUCCAACAAUUUAUUAUUAUAUCUCUUCUUCUCUUGUUAGAAGGAUAUUCUCUGGAAAAAAUAAGGUUUCUAUCCAUCGUGACUUUUUUUAAACUUUUUUUUUUGUUUUGUAAAAGUAAUUUUAGGUUUAUUUUCCUUUUCCUCUUUGGUGUACGAAGGACACCACAUCGAGAGAGUGAUUUACAUUUUUCCACGUAAAAUUUUGUUUGUGGGGGGUAGAACUUAAAAAAAAUGAAAUAUCAUUCACAUCACACCUUUUUCGCGCUGUUUGUAUAACUUUGUGGAAUUAUGUAGGAAGGUAGAGAGUAUUAAUUUUAUUAAGGUUAUGGAGAGAAGUAGCAUUUUGCUAAAUCAGCAUAGUCUUCGAUAUAACGAAAGGGGAAAAUUUAUUAUUUUACACAUAAAAAAGGGACGAGAGAGCGAAUUUACAUAAAUAAAUGUGAACAGGAUGGUUUAGCGGCUUAAUAGAAUUUUCGUUUUUUUUUUUGGCUGGGUAAAUAUUUUC